UUUGUGGUGAGGAUUCUGGGAGCUUCCUGGGCUAGAGCUGAGCUUUGGUGCUCUCUGGAGACUUGGAGAGACAACAGCUCUCUUUAUCAUGUGCGAGGAAAUACAGUCCACCGUGCAGAAACACACGCAGGGCCUGAGGCACAGUAAGGAGGAGCUGAACAGGCUUAACGAGGCCAUCCAGCGGCUGACUGCAGAGGUGAACAGCGCUGAGAGUCAGGUCCGUGAACUAGACCGAGCCAGGGAGCCACCAGCUCUGCAGGAGGAAAGUGCCUCAGACAGCGCCCAGGGCAAGUUGGCCUGCCUGGAGGCCGCCCUGCAGCGAGCCAAGCAGGACAUGGCGCGGCAGCUGCGCGAGUACCAGGAGCUCAUGAUUGUCAAGCUGGGCCUGGACUUCGAGAUCGCCACCUACCGCAAGCUGCUGGAGGGCGAGAAGAGCCGGCUCGGUCUGGAAUUUGGGUCAGGGAGCUUCAAGGGGAAGAAGAGGGCUUCCCCUCUGACAGCCGGUCUCCUGCUCAGCUGUGGGCAGCGCCUCCACCUGCGGGCUGGGCUCAGCCUCCGGCCCUGCCAGCGGGCUGCCUCCCGGAGCAGGCUCCGGCGCCCUGGCCACGAGCGCCCCUGGCGGCGGCUGCGCGCUCUGCGGCUCCGCCGGAUGCGUCUGGGACUUUGGCAGCAGUGGUGCCUGCGGAUGUUGAACCCUCCUGACCGCUCCGGAGAAGUCAGAGAACCCUAGCUUCUGCCCCAAGGACUUGGCCCUCUGUCUCAGACGCCCCACCCAAUGGAGCUAGCCUUCACCUCAUCUUUCCCUCUUGCCUGCCCCCCACCCUGGAGUGAAAUGUCUUGGAAUCUAGUUUCCUAGAUGGUGGCUGCCCGGUUUCCAGGCUGAAGAUAGCCCAGAUGCUGGGCCACUGGGGAAGCCAUGUGGCUUACCUGGACAGCACCCUGCCCCUCUGACCUGGUCCCUCCCCACUCUUAUUUUCCUGGGACUCCUCCUUUUCAAUAAAAAGUUCUUCUGUGGACUGA